UAAAUUGUAUUAAAUGGCUGAUUGAAAUAUAUGUCUGAAUGGCAUUUUAAUUUUUUUACAAUUAAUCUUAAUAAAUAAAAAUAAACAUUUCACUCUCUAUCGGUCUAGCAGAGAUAGACUCUCAUAAUUUAUUAGAAUUAGUAUUAUAUUAUUGUACUAUUACAUUGCAUUACGUUAUAUAAUAAUAUCAAUCAAUCUUCGUUUACCGUCCAGAGACCCAGUUUAUAAAUAUAUAAUUAGUGCUAAAUAGUAAAAUAGUAGUAUUAGUAUAGUAUAUAUUACAGGUUUUGUGUUACUUUUACUUUUACUAAUGCUUAAUUAAAUAAAUUAAAUUAAUACUUUAAUUUUUAACAAGGGUUAUGUAACACCUCUAAAUUCUAAAAAGAAAUUAGUUUUAUAAUAUUUAAUAAUUAUCAAUUUAUUAUAUUCUUAUUAGUUAUUAGAUAAGUUUUAAUUUUAACUCUUAACAGUGCUAGCAACUUUUAUUUUCAACUAAACUUAAUUUUAUGUUGACAACUAAGUAACUCAUCAGGAAGCAAGAACAUUCAUGCUUGAAUAAAUAGCAGUUUUUUCAAAUUACAAAUAAGUUUCAUCCAUCAUUCUUUCAUUUGAUUUGGUUCUUAGUUGUUGAAAUUUCCUCUCCCAGAUUUUCAGCAUGUUUGCUUGUAGAUUUGCAAUUACAAGGUUACCAAUGGUUUCCAUGGCAACCAAAUCAGGGUUGGUAACAAAGGUGAGAUUAUUUGCACAAGAGAGUAAGUCGUCUGCACUGAGGAGAGUGAAGGAGGUAACGAAGGGUCCGACACUGAAGGAAAGGUUGAUGGCUCCAGCUGGUGAUACAGCCUUCACAGCAGGAAGAGGAUUAUUAGCAGGCGCAUCUCUGUUGGGACUUGGAGGCCUUUGUUACUAUGGAUUGGGACUGUCGGACCAAGUUGGUGCUAUCGAUAGAGCUGCAUUGUGGCCAGCCACUGUGAAGGAGAGAAUAAGGAACACAUAUGCUUAUUUUGGAGGCAGUUUGAUUUUCACGGCCGCCUCAGCUGUUCUUCUGAGUAGGAGUCCUACAUUUAUGAACGUCAUGUUCAGAUCGUCUUGGAUGACACUGAUUGGCAGCAUGGUCGCCAUGAUGGGGACAGGAAUUUUGUGUCAGUCCCUGCCCUACACAGAAAGCAUUGGAGUAAAGCAUUUGGCCUGGAUGUUGCAUAGCUGUGUUGUAGGGGCUGUCGUCGCCCCUAUCGCGUUAAUGGGCGGUCCCCUACUUGUUAGAGCUGCAUGUUACACUGUUGGCGUAGUUGGAGGUCUGUCUGCUCUUGCAAUGUGUGCACCAAGCGACAAGUUUCUUUACAUGGGAGGACCAUUGGCCAUGGGUCUUGGAGUCGUGUUCAUAUCAUCAAUAGGCACGUGGUUUCUACCGCCAUCCACAGCGUUGGGAGCAGGAUUGUACAGCAUUGCAGUGUAUGGAGGGCUUGCCCUGUUUGGCGCCUUCCUCUUGUACGAUACACAGAAGGUUGUUUAUAGGGCUGAGCAUCAUGUUGCCUAUGCUGAUCAGCCAUUUGAUCCCAUCAAUAACUCAGUUGGAAUCUUUAUGGACACGAUCAACAUCUUCAUCAGGAUAGCCAUGAUUCUUUCUGGUAGUAGCAACAGGAGAAAGUAGAUUCAUCAAUCGAUCAAACAACUGACCACUUAAUUUUAAUCUGAUGCCAAUUUUGAAUGAUAUGAUAAAUAUUCGUGUUCUUUAUCAUUUAACAUAUUGUACCUCAAAUGUUUUUUUUAAUUCUGUGUUUUCGAAUUGUGGCGCUGGCAAUCCAAGAGGUCGUCUGGUAGAAAAUAAUUUACAUCUUUUUAUAUUUUUGGUAUGAACGCAAAGCCGAAAUGAUUAAAAUUUUUCAUGCGACGAAAAUUAUUAUUUGGGAAAACGUUAUGUAAAUUUUC